AUGCGUGAGGAUGACCUCGAUGAUGAGGUCCCGGAGGACGAUGACCCGAAGUGCCCCACGAUCCCUUUCAAGGCGAUGGAGAAGAUCCGGUACCGGCGCAAGUGGCGAUCGGCACUGAUUAUUAAGGUCUUGGGGCAGACGUUUCCUUUCCAGGCAAUUUCUCGCAGGCUAGAAUCGAUUUGGGCUAAGCAUGGCGCCAUCCAAGUUGCUAGCAUGUCUUGGGGAUUCUACGCCGUGCGGUUCAUGAGCGAGAUGGACUACGUGCAAGCGGCGGAUGGUGGCCCAUGGACGAUCGGUGGACAUUACAUCACUGUUCGACCUUGGCGAAAAGGUUUCGACCCCCGAACAGUUGAGGUAGCAAGAACUAUGGUUUGGGCACGUUUCCCGGGGCUUCCCAUUGAGUUCAUUAACCGAUAG